AUGGCUACUGUGACGACAACUCACGCUGAGCCCGCCGAAGAUGGGGAGUAUGUGUACUUCCAUUCGGGUUCUGAAGCAACCUAUCGCAAAGUCAGCAAAGCAGCAAAGGGAGAGUUCACUUCAAUCCCAGAGAUAGACAUUUCGAACAUCGACAGCCCUUCGCUAGAGGAGAAAAAGCGGAUAGCCAAGGAAAUACAUGAUGCUUGCAGCGUCUCCGGCUUCUUCUAUUUGACCAACCAUGGCAUUCCCGAAGCAGUGCUGAACCAGGCGUUCGAGACAAUGAAAAGGUUCUUUGCGCUUGACCACGAUACAAAGAUGGAUGCGCACGUGCAGAAGAAUCCAGCCAUCAGAGGUUAUGAGCCGCCUUUGGAAACGCGGAACGAUCCGAGAACGAAAGGAGACUCCAAAGAAGCUUUCACCAUGGGCGACUGUGUGAUCGAGCCUGAGCAAGACUACAAGGGAAGAGUAGGCGCCGACCCUCCGUCACACAUCAAGAAGCCCCAGAACAUCUGGCCGAAGGACGCCCCAUUCCUGAGGGAGGGGUUGUACAACUACUACAGCCAUGUGUUCCCGCUAGCGAUGAAGCUGGUUCGCAUAUUCGCGCUUGCAUUCGGCCUGGAGGAAACUGCACUUGACAGCAUAUUCAAGUUUCCGAUUACCGGGAUGCGAGCCUUGCACUACCCUCCAAUGCCGAAGGAAGAGUGCGGAACCAUCGGUCUCGGAGCCCACACUGAUUUCUCCUGGCUCACAAUGGUCCUGCAGGACUCGGUCCCGGCUCUCGAAAUCCUGAACAAGGACGGUCAAUGGGUGCAGGCGCCGCCCAGGCCGAACUCGUUCGUGUGCAAUGUCGGCCAGUAUCUAGAGCGGCAGACCAAUGGGAGGUUUGUGGCGACGGUUCACCGAGUGCGCAACCAGACGGGGGAGAGGCGCUACUCGCUGCCGUUCUUUCUCACACCGGACCCUGACGCCAACAUCCACGUGCUGGAUAGCUUCAUCGCGGCUGGGGAGGAGCCGCAGUACGAACCCUUCAAUGUAGGCGACUUGUACAUCCGCAGAGUGCUGCCUGCGCGACACAAACACCCGACCAGCAUCAAGUACAAGGAUGUACCAGAGUCGGAGUGGAAGUACGGAUUGUUGUACGGCUGA